CUUACUUUUGUAUCCUCUGUCUGAUUCCCAGCCGUUCCUUCAUUCAGAAUUGGAGCAGCCAGCAACUGGUCCAGAUAGGGUCAUGUAUUCCCGGUUCUCCUAUGCGGCAGCACUCGUAGCUCUUGCCACGCUCACAUCUGCGAGUCCAUGGGGUCCACCGCCAACUGGCCCGGGCAGCAAUGGGAAGACCUGCACUGUCAUCGCGCUGGGGAGGCAGAGGGACGACACGCCGCAGAUCCUGCGAGCCUUUGAAGAAUGCAACAACGGCGGGACGGUCGUCUUCCCCGCGAACCAGAACUACUGGAUUGGCACGAAGCUGAACCCGGUGAUACAUGAUGUGACCGUUGAUUGGAAGGGGAUCUGGACGUUUUCGGAUGAUUUGACAUAUUGGCGCGAGAAUUCGUAUCCAAUUGCUUUUCAGAACCAUCAUGCAGGAUUCGUCAUCAGCGGGGAGCGAAUUCAUAUCAAUGGCCACGGGACUGGGGGUAUCAACGGGAAUGGCAAUGCUUGGUAUGAUGUAGAGCAAAAGGUCACGCAACCUGGCCGGCCUAUGCCUUUCGUCUUCUGGAACGUUAGCGAUGUGUUUGUUGAGCACUUCUAUGUCAAGGAUCCACCGCUCUGGUCACUCAAUAUCAUGAAUGGCACGAAUAUGUGGUUCGAUGACAUCCUCACCAAUGCCACUGCUGUCAAUGCGCCGUAUGGUGUGAACUGGGUUCAGAACACUGAUGGAUUUGACACGAUGGAUGCGAACAAUAUCCGGCUUACCAACAUGGUCUACCAAGGAGGGGAUGAUUGCAUAGCUCUCAAACCUCGUUCUUACAAUAUCUUUGUCCAAAAUAUCACCUGCCACGGAGGAAAUGGAAUCGCGAUAGGGAGUCUCGGACAGUACCUGGAGGAUUCCUCCGUCAUCAACGUCGUUGUCAAAGAUGCCAACAUCCUCACCCACAACAACGACAUGACGAACUCAGCAUACAUCAAAACGUGGAUGGGUGGUCUCGUUCCCCAGAGCUUCUACGAGAGUGCUGGCCUCCCUCGCGGAGGUGGAUGGGGGGUUGUCCAAAACAUCCGCUUCGAGAACUUCUUCGUGCAGGGCGCAGGCAUCGGGCCCGCCAUCAACCAAGAUAGCGGCGACAACGGCUCCUACGCCGGGACGUCGAAGAUGGAAGUGUCCAACAUUGCUUUUGUCAACUUCACGGGGUACACGCAAGGGGGGAGAGGCAACCGAACAGCGGAUGUUAGUUGCUCGGCAGUCCAUCCGUGCUUCAACAUUGCCUUGCAGAAUGUCAGUCUCGCUGAUGCUGCAGAUGGCACAGCGGAGCCGGCUCAGGGCACUUGCUCUUAUAUCGCCCCGCACGGAGUCAGUGGUCUAGCAGGGGCUGGGUGCUGACACCUGACAGCUGACGAUCGAAUAGAUAAAGUAGAUAUAGGUAUAUAUCAU